AUAUAAAUACUCCCAGCAGAAAAAUGCACAACACACUCGACGGAAGAGACUCUAACCAUUGCUGAAGAGGAUGAAUAUGAUCCACAGAAUGGCGUUUUCUCUGACUGUGGUCGUCCUGGCUGCGUGGGCCUGCCUGGCAGAUGUGGCUCAUACUGAAGAAAGGAUGAAAGGCUCUGUGUUAGCCUCCAGGACAGCAUCACUCCGCUCCAGGCGAAUGGUUGGUGGGAAACUGGCUCCUCAUGUGCCCUGGCAGGCCAUGGUCUACAUUGCUGAGAGCAUACUGGAUGGAGGUUAUGCAGGCGGUGCUCUCAUCUCUGACCGCUGGGUGUUGACGGCUGGAAGAAACCUUUUCGUUAAGAAGAGUCGGGAGGCCAUUCAAGGAAAGGAGCCUGUCAUCCCUAAAGUGUACCUGGGAAUUACAAAAAAGGAUGAUGCUAAUUCUUCCAGUGAGGUUGCUGUUGAGAAGGUUGUUCUCCAUCCAGGCUUUCAGAACCAGUCUGACUGGAACAACGACCUGGCUCUGAUCCAGCUGAAGCAGCCUGUCGUUAUAAAUGAUAAAGUGACCCCCAUCCCAUUACCAGAGCGAGGCCAGGACCUGGCCAAGGCUGUGCGUGGGUCAGGAAUUAUCACUGGAUGGGGCUGGGGACCCCUUCUCACUCCUUCUCCCUUUCUCAAACACAUCGUAGUCCCCCUGGCCAAUCACUCUGAGUGUAGGGCUGAAUAUGAAAGUCUUGCACUCACGCCAACUGUAGAUGAUGACAUGAUCUGCACUGCUGCCACAAAAUAUCAGGAGAAUGUCUGUUUUGGGGAUGCAGGUGGAGCUCUGGCUGUCACAGAUCCUGAAACUGGGGACAUAUAUGCUGCAGGGAUCCUGUCCUAUGAUAAAUCCUGCACUAGGUACAAGCACGCAGUGUAUAUGAAGCUUUCCUCAUAUUUGCCCUGGAUCCACAGCAUUAUGAGAGGAGAUACAGACACAUCAACUGCUGUGCGCUUUAAAGCAAUGUCUGCGAUGUACAGAAGGCAGGAGUAAUUUGGCCGUCCUUUAAGUGUUGAGGAGGUGUUUAAUCUGUGAUUUGUGCUUGUAAAGUAACACCUGUUGUUUUGUAUCAUUUAAAUCUGUGAAGAGAGGAAAAAAUACACUGAAUAAAUAAAUUUUUAAAAAACAGCA